GGGGAGGGCUUGGGUGUUGCAGGGGAAGAAAAUAAAGAAGAUGCAUUUGAUGUUUUCCGUCAAAGAAUGAUACAAAUGUACAGGCAGAAAAGAGCAAGUAAAUAGGUAUGUGCAAUGGACACGUCUGGUUUGUGAAUUCCUGCAAACAUUAAAGUAACAGGUUUUUAAAGUCUUCUUUUACCAAGAAAAUAUUGUUUCCAUGAGUAUAUCUGGCUUCUUAACAUUUCAUGAAAACCCAGACCUACCUUGAACUGCUGAAUUACCCCAAAUCUUACUUUCUAGGUGUGACAUAAGAGACUCGCUCAUUAGAAAGAGCACGGAUAUGUAAAGGCUGCAGUGUGACAGUCUUCGGCAGAGAGUGCCAGUAUGAAGAACACUUGGUUGGUUCUGUAGUAGUGGAUUUGAACGCUUAUGUAUUAUUAUUUUCCAAGAUUAAAGUUAGUCUUGUAUUUAAUUGUGCAAGCUAACAACUUGGAUGUCAUCUUCUGAGGGAGAAACAACUGUUUUUGUUCUUGGAAGUGCCAGUUUACCUCUGUCUUAGGCCACGUUUGCCUGUUUUGCAAUGAGGCGGCUUACUACCAACAGAAAAAGCAACGUUACCAUUGCGACUUGCCUGCUUUGGCUCUGUUCCUUUUGGAAGCCAAGGACCUUCUCAAAUUAAAAACUUAUUACCAGGCAGUUCAGUUUAUACUUCACUACGUUUUGUUGAUGGGCUCAUCUUCUCAUCUGCUUUUCAAGUCUGCAUAAAGCAGUUUCCUUUCCUCCACACACCAGUUUCAAGAAGAAUCUGUACCCACCUGCUUAUUUUAUAUAGGAUUCUAUACUUGAAGUGUAGGAUGAAUAAGUAAGUUCAUUUGAGUCUGAGAACACCGAAACCUUCCUUGAAAACGUUGGCUGCUAAGGUUUUCCAUUGUAGCAAGCAAGCAGUGCAUAUUUUAUAUGUGCUUUUUGAUUUUACACAAGGUUGCAGCUCUUGUUCAACACAUUCUUGAAUGAUAUCUUUCCCUCUCAAGGAAGUUUAAGCCAUGACCAGGUGUGAUUUGUGUGUUUGCAGAAAAUACUGAAGAAGAUACUUGGAAAUCAAAUAAUCAAAAGUCAUCUGGAAGUGGAUCAUCAGUUUUGUAAGACCAUCAGUUUAGAGUAUAAUUUUAUUUCUAUUAAAUAUUGGCUUUGCAGAAGUUUUCAUUCAAAAGCCCCAUGAAAUAAGACAAAAAGCUUGUAAUUCUGAGGGACUAUUUCAGAAUUUACUGAGAGAGAAGACUGGAUUAACCUACUCUGCUUCAACAAAAAGCAAUUCCUAACUUCUUGGUGAAGCAGCUCUGAAGACAUGAAAGAUUUAGCAGUGUUACCACAAAUAAACAUUCAAAGUCUGAUCAUUCAUCUUUUUCAGACAAGCACAUCAACAAGAGCUCUGUGACUGGAUUACUGAAAGUGGCAGAAUGUAAUGCAUUUUUUUUUAACAUACUUCUCCAUCUUUACCUUCCUCAAAUUAGUUAAAAGUCCUCACUUGAAUGUUACAGUACCCAAACCUACUUAACUGAAGUUCUCUUUAAAGAGUUCAUCUUGAGCUGACGCAUGCUUUGCUUAUUAGGAGUGAGUGCUGUCUUGCUGAUGUUUCCAUCCUGCAUCAUGCUUCUUUACAGAGCAAAGAGCUUGUGCACUCCACCAUAGUGUGGCAGCAUCUCAAGCUCCUAACUGACAAAUACACAAGAAAAUGUGCUCUUCAGUUACAAACUUGCCUGUGCCUGCUGUUUGAGAACAUUAUAUUCUCUCCAUUAAAAACCCUGCUGGUUGAAAGGGAGUAUAUUCGUUUUCAUUCUGUAGCAACAAACUUUUUCUGGCUUGUAACAACCAUCAUGAAUGCAAGGUUUUUCUUUAUGGUAUGGGUUUGUGAAACUAAAAGAAACAGUGUCAUGUUUUGGUGUAAUUUUCUGACCACUGUUUUAGUUGCUUUGAAGCACACUGAUCACUAAAUAAAACCAUAAUGGCAGGUAUAGAAAAAUAGCACGCUGCUAGUUCUGUUUUUCCAUGGACAUCACGUGUCUUCACCUUUAUGUUAACAAGAAGCUGAAGUGUGAAAUCCAUGAAUACAAAUAAGUUUAUCUGGUUAUCAUAUUUGAUUAAAGACAUUUGAUGGUCUAGAGAUUUCCUGUAGGCUUUGCUUUACUUGGAGAUGCUUUAAAUCCAUAAAUGUUUUGCACCUACUUUAAAGGUCAUCAGUUAUGGUGUUUGGUGGUACCUGUUAAGUUCCCAGCUGGGUGUAUUCUUCACUGCCUCUCUUCUGUGCCUGGUUAGCAGUUAUGUAAUGUAAAACUUGAGCCUAUCAAAGAGGAGAGUUGCCAAUCACUGUCUGUUUUACAAUGACAGUCUGCAGCUAAUAUUGUUGCCUUCUGAAUUAUUUCUCAAAAAGGAAUAGUUUUUAUUUUAGUUCCAUUGAUGAAGCUGCCACUUUUUCUGUUCACGGUUUUUAUUUCCUUGCAAACUUCCAGUUAACCUCUUCUUUAACCUUUACAUUUUGGUAGCAUUCUUGAUUAUACGUUGCACUACUUGCAGACAGGCACAAGGCAGUGUCGUUUCACACCGGACUGAAAUCCGGUCUCUCACCCUAUAUCAGCAUUCUGCGCUGUUCUGAUUUGAGUUUGUUGGGCAUAGUACCUUUUGGGGUGCCUUUACUAAACACCUACUUGCCCAAUCUGGGAUAUCCAGAUUGGAAAAUGGUACCUUCCUUUCUGAUUGCAGUUCAAUUUAGAGUAUAAUGUUGUCUUGAAACUAAAACAUUGGGAAAACCUUAAUCUGCUACUCUGGAUGGCUGUAGUCAUAGCAUGGUCUGUCUUUCUUGUGCCAAACUUUAAUUUUGGACAAGACAUCAACAGAGCAGUAUUGGUGCUGAGAUUCCAGUGUUGCUCUCACGUGAGUUACUAUUUGCCACUUUUAUCUUGUGUUACCAAGAGAUGACCUUACACUCCUUUUGCAAAAGGAAUUUCCUUUUAUUUUGACCUGCUUUUGCAGGCAGCUCUGAUUUGAAAAUUUAAGUAUGUACAUAUGAAACAUUUGUUAUGCAGAUACAUUGCCUUGUUGAAAGUUUACUAGCUUCUUUUCUGUUAUUUUAGUUCCAGGCUCUCUUCCAUGAAGACUGCAAGCUUCAGUGAACAUUUUAACUAACUUCAGUGGUGUGUCUGCUGUCUUUUGGUUGGUUUUUUUUGUUGUUUUUCUGUUUUGUUUUGUUCUUUGGUUGGUUGUUUUUUUUUUUUUUUUUUUGGUUUUUGCUUUGCCAUUAAUCUUGCAGAGCAAUUUGCUAGUUUCUGUUCCAUGCAAAUUGGCAGUAGCAUUUAGCUAGUAACAGUAGAUGCUUAUGUUAUGGGGUAACUGACGUUUCCUUUCAGUGUAAGUAAAACUGUUAGCAUUGUUAAUCUUUUAAUAUCUGCAAUAAAUGUAGAACUAAACACUAUAUGGUUUAAAUGUUUUGCUUGUGAGUUUGGCCGUUUGUAAGAGAUAUGCAUCAUUUUUGGCACUAACAAGUGGAAUUGAGAUUAUGCAGUGUUAUGUAUGUGUAAAGCAGAAUUUUAGUGUGUGAGGGAAGGAAGGUCCCUCUCUUUCUGUGCUGCUAAAAGCUUCUGUUGAGAACAGUCACUAAAUCAUUUUUUAGUUACUUCUUCACGUGGCUUCCAGUGUAUUAAACCCAUACACAGCAGUGUUACUCUCCACACGAAUGCCAGAACCAUGGUGCUCCAGUUAGAACGCCAGUUUUACCUUUUAUUCACAGUUGUUUCUAGUUUUCUUCACAUACUGACUUUAAGACAAGCAAAGCUUUCUGCAUAUACCAGUGUGGUUUAUUGUUGCCUUUAAAUUUGAAUUCAUUUUUUAGAUGGGAUAUGAGGAGAAAAAGCCUGCAGCAAACUGAACUUUAACAGUUGUGCAGCCACGUUGUAUUGAGAAGUGAAGUGAAGGUAUUUAUUUGCUAAGGAUACAGGCUGAGCCUCCUGUCCCUUGCUCUUAUAGACACCUAUGGCAAGAUUUACUAGACAUGCUGGAGUCCCAGCUCUGCCUUUUUCCUCCUUUUCCUUUAACACUUAUUACACGUGUAAGGACCUGGUUCUAGAAGAAGGAAUGUCUGCUCUCAUAGGAGAGAAAUGAGGAGAUCCCUAUUUUGGGGGAGGUGUUUUAACAGAGUAAAAGAACUACAGCCACUAAUACAUCAUUGGGAGUAACUGUGUGGAAACAAUAUGGGGGUUGUUUGUUUGUCUCUGAGGCUUUCUUUUGGUGUAACACAGUGACGUUUUUCCUACUUAUGGUUUGUUUUUUGACAACAUGACAUCAUCCUUAGUGUGAACGCUUCAUCUGUGCUGAGAUGCUACUUCCCAAAAUCCAUGUACGGUACAUUUUCCUAUUGAUACUCCAUUUUGCUUUAAACUUCACCUUGAUGUAUCAUGCUCAAAAAGAAAAAAAAGUCUGGAUUCAGAAACUCAAAUGUUACUUGUUUGGAUUGUUUUCUAUGCUACGAACAGGUCUAUUUUCUAAUUAAAAAUAAAUUCUUCCAAGUCCUGUCCCAUCCUUCUUUCUGCAUGUCCAACCACAACCAGAUGGUAGGUUUGAGCAGUAGGGAGCACCUUAGAUGAGAACAUGCUCAAGGAACAGUAGGGGGCUUCUGGGAUGAGUGGUUUUUGUGGCCCUGUAGGUGAUUGAAUUGCAGCAAGCACGGAAGAUGUUUGCGUUGUCUGUGGGCAAUAAAGUGACAGCUGUUCAAGAAAGUGCUGGCACACAGCAUGUCCUCUGAGCUUUUUGUGCCCAAUUCUUCUCAUUUUCUUUAAAAUUACCACCUAGCAAGGCUGUGCUCUGAGGGGUGGCUUAGGUUUCGUUAGGUGAUGACAGAAAAGUAGCAAAUAUAAUGCAAGGAGAUGUUAUUUUUAAGCAGCUGCUCCUUAUCGAUUGUUGUGUUGUUGGGGUUAAUGAUCUGUAUGAGGUUGCAAGACCUCCUUCAGAGACAGAACCGGUGGGUAGGAAAUCAGAAGUACGAAAAGCCAUCUGAAAGGAGAGAGAACCGCUGAGCAGACACAGCAUGGACAUGGGAAGGGAAGCUGGAAGCUCAGCUUUUGUUUGAUGCCCUAUCAGUUGCUGUGUGUUAAUUACUGAUGGAGGGGGGGGGGGGGGCUCUGCACGGUCCUAAUUUGCAGUGCUCCCCACACAGAGCAGCCCAGGCUUUAUUUCACCGUUCCUCUGCUCGUCAGUUACUGAGAAGACACAGAUCAGCUUCAUGCGUAUGUAAUUUAUGUCUUUUCCACACUCACUCCUGUACAUAAGCAGUAUAUAAAACUGUUUAAUAGAAGUAAUAAAGAUGAAUUGUUUUGCGUGUAAUUUGACACAGAAAUGAAAAGCAACCGCUCCUGCUGACUGUCAGUAUCUCGGUCCCAACGCUGCUCGAGAAACCAGUGUCAGGAAAGACAGAGGCUUAAUUAGGAACCGACGGUGACUUCUGCCUAGCUCUGAUUUUGCAUGGAAUUUGUUGGAGCACUUUAAAGAUUUACUGCCAGAAUUUCAGGUGUGAGAUCCCUGCUUUGGAGGUCUUCAGCAGGACGUCUUCAAGAACCGUGAAGAAAUUGUGAUUAUUUAAUAACAAGAAAUAAAAGCUGGGAAGAACGUAUUUCUAGUCGAGUCUCAGGCAAUGGGUGGCACUGCUGUUGUCCUUUGUCUUAUUUUGCAAUUAACGCAGGAGGUAAAAGCAUCUGUUGGGAACUGCAUUCCCAGAAAAACAGUGAAAUACCAAAGAACACUGGUUUGCUACGCAGGAAAGACAACUGGAAUGUAUUCGUAGAGGCAAGGACAAGAUAAGGUGCCAAAACUACAUCCUCCUCCUCCAUAAGAUCAAUGACUCCAACGUGUAUGUUUGUGGAACAAAUGCCUAUCACCCGCUGUGUGACCACAUGGUGAUUAUAUUUGAAUAUGGGUUUUACUUGAAGGAGCUCGAGUCAUAUGGCAAAUUUUAAACGCCUUUCUAAGAAUAUUCCAGUUGAAAAUUAGAAACUCUCCAAGUUAGUUCUCUCAUAAACACAUGAAACACCAAGAAAAUAUUUUCCCAAAUGUUAUUUCUUUUUGCACAAAAUUCACGUUUCUAUAGUAACUUCUGUGAUCAUUUUCCUUUAAGUGCAUUUGCCAUUUGUUUCAAUGUAUUACAUGGGAACGAUGUUUUCUUCAUCCUAUCAAAGUGAUUGCUUGCCUUAGGUUAUCCAGAGGACAAAGAUGCAUUUGCAAGGAAGAGCUGAAGAGAGCAGAGGGAAGUGUCCUUUUGAACCAACUCUGAAGUAUGCAUCUGUUUUUGUAGAUGGGGCAUUUUACUCAGCUACUUCCAAUAAUUUCUUGGGAACAGAACCUAUAAUACUUCGCAGCAUGCAAAAUCCUGUAAGGACAGAAUUUAAAACAUCUUGGCUAAAUGAGCCAAGCUUUGUCGGCAUGGAAAUAGUACCUGAAAGUGAGUUUAGUCCAGAUGGAGAUGAUGAUAAAAUUUAUGUGUUCUUCACUGAAACAGCUGUUGAGUUUGAAUUCUAUGACAAGAUUCUGGUGUCCAGAAUUGCCCGUAUCUGCAAAGGUGAUCUUGGUGGAAAACGCUUACUGCAGAGAAGAUGGACUUCAUUUUUAAAAGCCCGACUUUCCUGUUCCAUUCCAGAACUCAACUUCCAUUUCAAUAUCAUUCAGGACGUCUUUUUCCUUAGGAGAGGGAAGUGGCAGGACAGCAUCUUUUAUGGAAUUUUUUCCCAGCAGUGGGGAAGAUUGGACAUAUCAGCUGUUUGUGCAUACAGCAUGGCAAGUAUUCAGGAAGCCUUCUCCAAAGGAAGCUACAGAGGACCAGUAACUGUGGAACAUUCCCAUGUUAGAUGGAUGGUUUUUAGAGGAGAGGUGCCGGUUCCACGUCCUGGUGCUUGUAUUGAUAAUUUUGCCCGGAGCAUGGGGUAUAAUACAUCUUCAGACCUGCCUGACAAAGUUUUGCAGUUUGCUAGAGAUCACCCUCUGAUGGACAGUUCUGUAAAUCCAAUUGGUGAUAGGCCAGCACUGCUGAAGAGGAGCUCAAACUAUACCAGGAUUGUGGUAGACAGAGUCACUGGCCUAGAUAAACAGACCUACGAUGUUAUGUUUCUAGGAACAGAUGAUGGAUAUUUGCAUAAAGCUUUCAAUUGCGAUGGAGAAAUGUUCAUUGUGGAAGAGCUGCAGCUGUUUCUGUCCCCUGAGCCUGUACAGUUCCUGCAGCUGUCUGCUAAAAAGGGGAUGCUCUAUGUGGGGUCCAUGUCUGCAGUGGUACAGCUUCAAGUUUCGGGCUGCCACCGAUAUAAGUACUGCUUGGACUGCAUCCUGGCAAGAGACCCGUACUGCGCCUGGUCUCAGGCUUCCCAUGCCUGUGUUCUACUGUCAGAUCAGACUGGUGAUACGAAGGAGCAGCCAAUCUUCAGCACCAGAGCCCAUGUUUUCCAAAUCGACCCUGCUACCAAAAGAAACUGGAUCCCUGCCAGCAAACAUGCCUUGACUGUCUCCUAUUUUUACGAUGCCACACGCAAUGUGUACCGGAUCAUCAGUGUGGGAGGUACCAAGGCAAUCAUCAACAGCACUAUCACCCCCAACAUGACCUUCACAAAGACAUCCCAGAAAUUUGGACAGUGGGCAGAUAGCCGAGCCAACACGGUGUAUGGAUUGGGCUUUGCUUCAGAGCAACACCUCUCCCAGUUUGCAGAGAAGUUCCAGGAAGUGAAAGAAGCAGCACGUUUGGCAAGGGAGAAGUCCCAGGAUAAAACAGAGCUGACCAAUCCUGCCCUCAGUAUCACAUCUCACCAGGUACUUCCCAGCCCCAUCAUCAGCUCUAAUGGACCAGGAGAAGAUAAACUAUUCCGGAGCCAAAGUGCUGAUGUUGAGAUAAGCACAGAGAAGGAGCGUCUGAAGAAGAUGCUUUCAGAAGGCUCAGUGAGUGAGGUCCAGUGGGAAGCUGAAUUCUUUAGCCUUCAGGACAACAACAGCAAACUUGUGGCUGCUCUCCAUGAAGCCAAUGCCAAUGUGGACCAGUGGAAGAAGCAGCUGGCUGCGUAUCAAGAGGAGACGGAAACACUGCGACAGCGGGUAGCAGAACUGGAGUCACAGGGGGCUCAUGACUCCUCCAGUGAGAACAACAAGGAAGAGCUGAGCCAAACCCUGGAAGAGCUGGAACUGCUGAUCAAGGCUAAAGAUGAGGAGAUUCAGAUGCUGAAAAGCCAAAAGUGUGGCCGAUGGGAAGCAGAGGGCGAACGUGAGGAGACACUACAGAAGCUCCAGGAGCUGGAGGCACGCAAUGCAGAGCUGGAGCGCCGCCUUCACCUGGCUGAGCAGACACUGGCAGAGACCCUGUCUGAGAGGGAGAAGAUCCAGAAUGAGGUCACCAAGGUGGCAGAGAUAAUGGACGUGAAGAUUUUUGAGCUCAGUGAGAUCCGGCAAGGACUAGCCAAGCUAGUGGAGAGCAACUGAGCAGCAGCAUGUUCAGAGGAGACACCUCCGGAGGAGGGGAGCCUGACCUGGGACUGGUCGCUGACAGCAGUUUUGAUCACAGAACAACCUUGAGGUCUGUUUGGGCAGGAUAUGCCAACAUACCAGCAGCUGCCUGGACAGUUUGGUGACCAGCCGCAGCCACUUACUGCCCACUGAACAAUGAGCUGGAGAGCAGAGAGGGCCUGAGCUCCUGUAUCCUCCACAGGAGGCAUCUACAAGUCACAGCCAGGCCUCUCUGGACCCUGUCAUGGCUGUGGCAUGGUCCAGAGACAGCAGCUGUCCCUCUGCUGCCUUCCCAGCCUCCCUGCUGCCACACUGUGUCUCCAACAUUUUUACAGUUUUCUAGGGGAAGGGGCUGAGCAGCCUUUGCAUUUUUUUUCAGUAGUUUUUUAGGGAACCACUUGCCUUUUGCAAAAUAAGCUGCUUACUUCCCAACUUAGGGAGGGAAGAGAGGUAUCAGCACUUUGAGGACAUCACUAGCUCCUUUUUCAGCCCUAACUACGUCAUGUCUUUCUAACAGGAUGCAACAACACUGGUUGCUGUCAGGAGCUUACAGAGGUAGCAGAGACCCCAUUGCAGAGCAGGGUGCUUGCCUGCCCAAGUGCUGUUCAGUUCCAGCCUCCAGAGGAAGAAGAACUGCAGGUUUUAAAGCUCUUAUUAGUUUAACACAGUGGGAUUUAAUGAAUUCUUAAAACUUCUUUAAGCUGAGAGCAAAGGCCUGGCUGGGGAAAGGGGCAUUUGAGAAAUGGGACAUGCCCGAAGGGAUGGCCAACCAACUGCUAGAUUGGCAUCUCUCCUGGCCUCUAAGGGCUGUAGUUAAUUGAAAUUAAAUGGAGCAAAUCACAGUUGCUCUUGUUUGGGCUUUUUUUUCCCCCUCUCUCUUAUAGGGAAACAGUCCACAGAGAUGUCCUGCUCUGUGUCAGAUGAGCAGUGUUCCUUUUGAAGGGUACAGGUCCCAGCUUGCCAUGCUUAGCCAGAUUAAAUGAGAACAGGAGGCAUUUGGAGCAUGCUGGGACCAGUGCCCUGUGGGGCCUGUGGGAAGUCUGUGGGUUACUGUAGAUGUUGUCUAGUUGUAGGAAUCGAGCAAGGCCUGAGGGAGACACUGCAGAAACCUGGAAAGUCAUGUCUCCCUCAUGGUGUCCUUUGCGUCCCCGUAGUUACUUAGGAGCAUGCAUAGCCCUAUGCUGAAUGACAAAGUGUCUGCGUAGAAGUAGAUAGUAACCUUACAGGAGUGCUGAUUUGGAGUUUGUGGUUGUUUUUUGCCCUCUUUGCUGCUAUAGGUUAGGCAAAGACAGCAGUAAUCCUGGGAAUGUUUCCCAGGUCUGCAGAAACCGUAAUUACUUAACAAGCACCGGCUGCCAUGUAAUGCCUUCUCUGCAUCCAGACAAUCCUGGGCAGACCAGCAUCAAGGCAGUGCAGUUCCUCAGGGCCUCCCUCUCUUUCACUCACCUGGUGACCAAGAGAGGAACCCACAUCUUCUGCACAGUGCCUGCAAGUUGGGACAGGACAGGACUAGGUCUGGCACCUUGGGAAUCUGCUGGAGUGGAGAAUUGCUGGUGACUCUGCUGGAUUGUGUCUAGGCAAAGCCCAUCCCUUACACAGGGAUGAUGAGGAAACACUGAAAUUCCCAGACCCGUGUAGCCAGGGAGGGGCGUUUCUGUUUGGAGGUUUUCAGGUUAGUUUUCUUGGUUUUUUUUCUCUCUUUUUUCUUUUUUUAAUAUUCUGUUGUUUUUGUUGUUAUUGGUUUCUAUUUUAUUUUGUUUUGCAUGAAGUGUUCUCACAACUGUAUAGGGGUGGAGCUAUUGUAGUAGUAUUUGUUUCAGGGUAUUUAAGAAGGGAAGGAAGUAAGCUGGCUGGCAGAGUUUUCUGGGAACUUGUAUACCAACCCAUGCCAGUGUUCACAUUUUAUUCCACCAGGAGCAGCCUUCUUUGAAAUAGAGAUCAGCUCCAAGAAAAAUCUGUUUUGUCUGCAUCUGUUACUGUAAUAUGGGGUGAUGGAGGUGUGGCUUGGAGUAUGAAAGAAAAAGUAAGCAAAAGUUUACAUUCUGAUUGUCACUGCUCUCUCACACUCCUUUUCCGUGGCUGUGACCCACAAGGUGGAGCUGGAUACAGAUUCUUGAAUUUGGCCAGUGACCAUUUCAUAAUUCUGCCCGUGCUCUGCAUCUCAGCCCAUGCCUGUGUUGUACUGCUCAUUGAUUAGGGCUGACCUGGCCAGCGUGCCACACCUGGGUGAGUCAGCUCUGCUGAGGGAGGCUGCUCCCAAGAGACAAAGGAGAGGACCAGAGUCAAGCUGCUGCAUGACUGAGUGGGAGAGAGGCAGAUGCAAGCUGCCAGCAUGGUGCUUCAGAGAGUACCUGCUCUCUGCUGCUUCCCCAAAGGACCUGCCCUGACCAGGGUCAGGCAGUAGUGCAGGGUGAGAUCUGGUUCUUAUGCUGUUAAGCCUCUUCUAGUCCUGUAUGUAUUUUAUGUCCUCAAACUGAAGUCUGCCAUACUUAGUGCUGUCUGCCUCUGGAAACUUGGAGCUGCCCAGCUGCCAGCUCCCUGACAGGAUGCAGGAUGUUGUUUCCCUGCACACAGCAUACCUUGAGGCCAGCAGUACUUUGCAUGCAUUUGCUGUGCCUUGCUUUUUCUUGUAGUCACAGUCUUCACUGUGCUUCCUUGCACUUCCAUUGUCAAGAACCAGGAACAGAGGUCAUUUUACUUCAGACACUUCCCCACGGGUACUAGAUGCAAUUCUCUUCCUUGCCAGAAUAAUCUGAAUAGUGGCUUUUUUAUGAGAUCUGUCCUGUGCUCAGCAUUUGUUAAAAAUCUUUUAUUGAGGCAUUGCAGGGCAGUGUGAUGGAUGGUUCUGGGAGGCACUUUCCUUUGCACUCUUUCCUCUUCUAAACUAAUGAAAACCCAUUCAUCACCAGCUAUUUCCACAAAUGCCCUAAAUCUGCAGUUAGCAAUGAGGCAGGUCUGCUGGAGAUAAUAUAGCAGCAAAGCACUAAUUCCAUCUGCCCCAUUCUAAUGAGCAUUUAAAAAGGAAUCCCAUAGUGUUUCAGAACAACAGCUCUCUAACACGUCUCCACUGUGCCCUUUCCAGCCCUUACCCCUUCCCUGUUUAUGCUUCUCUUCCUUCAAAAGAAGAGAAUCUUGUGUUACAAAAGCCAGUUUUGAAUGGCAAGACUGCAGUUUGUUUGCUUCUGUCUCACAAUAACAAUUACUGUCAGGAACUAAAUAACAGUUGCUUCCUUGCUGGAGGAAAAACGCUCCUGAUUGCAGGUACCUUGAGAGACCUAAUUCUUUUAGCAAAUGAGGUUCUUAAUUAUUUAUAGAAAACCUAGGCAGAACAUUAAUAAAGAGAACAUGGGGGAAAUGGUUCACAUGUGAGAUGAAGAUGCAAACAAAAAAUCUUGCAGCCAUACUCUCCUGGCACAAGGUUCUGAGGAGUAGUAGCAGUGAGUCUGAUCUGCUCUGAAUGUGGACCUGAGACGAGGCCCUUCUGGCCAGCUCAGCAAGAGGAAACGAAGUUUUGCUGUGACAGGACAUGCCAAUAAUAGAGCCUCAGAAAAAGGAUGUCUAAUGCAAACUCCAUCUGACAGAUGCCAAUACAGGCUUCCCAGGCUGAACAGGAUUGCAAAUCCAGUCCAGGCCUAGAGCAGGCCUGGCAGUCAGGAUGCCACCACCAGCUCUGCCACCAGUUCUCUCUGCAAACUCCCUUGUCUUUCCAGGCUUUCAUUUCUUCUCCUCUAUAAAGUAAUCACCCUUCCUGCAGGGCUGUUGGACCUCAGUUAUCGGCAUCUACAAGGUGCCUGAAAAGCCAAGGGAAGGAAAGGCCAGCACAGGGUGGGCUGGUUAACACCGUAAGUCUGUGAGUGAUUUUGAAGGAGGUAAAAUCUUUCCAAAACAAUGCUGUAGAGCUCCCUUGAUAAUGUGUGAUGUGGCUUUAGGUAAUCUCAUAGCAAAGCUGCUUAACAUACUGACUUCAAUACCUGUAUUUUUGUAAGAGCACACUGAAGCAAAUACUUGCUGGAGGGGAAGCAGCUAGGCACUUUGUCUUAAAUUGCCAAAGGAUCAGACUUGGGGGAAUUGGUGAUUAAAUAGCACCAAGAGAGGUGACCUAACCCUUUUGAGCUCCCUGCAUUUGGGCUGGGAUACAGAAAUCAGAUGGUCUGUUACUUGGAGGGUAGGUUAUUUUUAGUUCAGAGAUUGUCUGUUUACACUUGACAGCACAGGCAAGCAUCCUCUGUGAGCGUAACCACCCCCCCCCUCCACAUGCAGGCACUGGAAGACAAUUUUUAUGUGCACCAGAGAAGGCAUGGCAAUUAAAUUUGUGUUUUGGAAGAUGUCCAUGAGCACAUAAUAAAGCCCUAAACUGUA